ACAAAGCUCAGCUGGAAGCGCCUCCAGCCGCAGACCGUCAGUGAGCUGGAGGACUGACCUCCUGAGCAGUAAACAGACACCAUGUCGGCAGGUCGUCCCUCGCUUCUCUAACGUUUCCGACCGAGUGCUUGUGAUUUUAGUCAUUGCGCAACAGGGCCGGGAGACGUGAACCUGAGCUCCAAGCACCGGCCCGGGACCCUCCGCCGCACCGCCCCGGGAUCCUCCGCCGCUCCGCCGGGGCUGAAGCGAUGACAAGCCGGCAGGCUGGUGCCGCACAGCUUCGGAGUAUCACGGUGUCAGCUCCGGGUUUCACUGCGGCUUGAAGCGAAGCUGUGUUGAGUGGAGACAGAGCCUCCUAGCAGCCCGGCGGCUGCCCUCUAGUCUCGAUCCGGCCUCCUCCCGCGCGCCGCGCUGCGUCCUCGCCCCGGGCCUCUCCGGACGCCGCCGCCAUGAGCGCCAUGCGCGUGGACGCCAAGGUGGUGAUGCUGGGGAAGGAGAGCGUGGGGAAGACGAGUCUGGUGGAGAGAUAUGUGCAUCACCGCUUCUUAGUCGGCCCGUACCAGAACACUAUUGGUGCUGCUUUUGUAGCCAAACCGAUCCAGGUGGGAGAGAAAGUGAUCACUCUGGGAAUAUGGGACACGGCCGGGUCUGAACGCUACGAAGCCAUGAGCAGAAUCUACUACCGGGGCGCUCGGGCCGCCAUCGUCUGCUACGAUCUGACCGACAGCAGCAGCUUCCAGCGAGCGCGCUUCUGGGUGAAGGAGCUGCAGAACUGCGAGGAGUUCUGCAAGAUCUACCUGUGCGGCACCAAGAACGAUCUGAUCAUGGCGGAUCGCAGCGUGCGGCAGAUCGACUACCACGACGCUCAGGACUUUGCUGAAGAGAUCGGAGCGCGGCAUUUCGAGACCUCCAGCAAGACGGGAAGCAACGUGGACGAGCUGUUCCAGGCGAUCGCCGAGGAUUACAACGACACUGCCUUUCAGUACAUGACAGCAGAAGACACGGGCGUCGACUUGGGCCAGAGGAAAGACUCGUACUUCUACUCCUGCUGCCACAACAACUGAGGCGGAGCAGCAGAGGCCGGCGGUCCGGCGGCGGACUCGCCUCCCGAUGCAGAAUCAAACCGUGUUGUCGAUACUUUGUGAGAAAUUUGUUUUUGUGCCAUGAAGAGCAGCAGGAUUCUGUGUGGAGGGGGGUAUCAUCUGACUGACUGGAUUAAUGGCGUGACCCCUCCCCCCGUGGAGCUGCAGCAGGGUGAACCGUCGCUCUGGUCGGAGGAAACAUGGCGGACGCCGUCUCCAGGAGGGCGCGCCUUUCGUUUACAAGCCGCUGUUUUUGUUUAAAGUUAAAAAGCAGAAACGUGUGUUCCAGUUGUUCCCACAGAGGCCUUCAGAGCGCCGUGCAUGUGUCCAGCUUUUUUUUAAAGAUGGCCGCCUCCGAGGCCACUCACCGCGCCGCAGCAAGUGGAACAUGGUGACUUUUCUUUCUUAAAGUUCUCAGAGAAAAAAUUAAAAAAAAAAGAAGAAGCUGUUAUUGGGCAGUAAAGCACAGGAAAACACUACUGCACACCGACAC